AAAAGCAAAGAAAAGAUGGAUUCAGACAGCGAUUCGGAUAGAGAGAAGAGCAGCGAUCCGAAUGAAGAGUUGCUCAGCAGCGAUGACAAAACAUUUCACGACGAUGUCGAUGAGGACUCCUCCGUUGGUGUCGAUGACGAUGAGGAUGACGAUGAUAACGAUAACGAUAACGAUGAUAACUCUUCCUGCGAUGUGCCCGCUGACCCAAUUAGGCAACAAAUCGAUGCCCCUCAAGCCGAGCAACUGCUCGUUGUGCUCAUGCAAACGGAAGCCAUAGAAAUUCAACAUCAACAGCAGCAACAGCAACAAAUCGAUGUCCAAGUCGAGGAGGAAGAGGAGCAUCAGCCACUGGCUGCCAUCACUGAGGUGCCGCCAAUUGCGAAAGUACCUCAAAGGGAACGGGAACGGGAAAGGGAAAGGGAACCUCUGUUGGUCAAGUACAGCGACAGCGUGCGGGAGUCCAUCGAAUGCUUCUAUUCCGCCCAGGAUCUGCUCGAGUAUGGUCACAUGUUGUCCUCGUCUGCUUCAGCGGAGCAACAGCGCACUCCCGAUGUGGAGUCCGGGUACUUUGACAAAUCCGAGAGCGAUGAUGUGUCGCGUGAUGAAUUCGAAGCCAUCUCCUCGGGUAGCUUGCGGCGUCCGAAGGAUUCGCAGUUGGGUGCCUUGGGAGGCGCAGCGAUCGAGAGCAGCUCGGAGAGUUUGCGCAUGGAGUUGAGUCGCUUUUGCAGCUCCAUGGAGGCUUUUGAGCGGCAGCAACUUGAGGCAGAGCCACAGUCGAUGGACUUUAACACGCAAGGGGAACAGUUGGAGGAGCAUCACGGGAAUAGAGCGGGCCACAGGGAGAAGAAGGUGGAUCAGGAGCAGGAGGAGGGGACAGCGGAUGAACAGUUCCUCGAUACACAAAGUGAGCCAUAUAUUAUGCAGGUGUAUCGUCUAGAAGCUCAUCGAGCUCUUGAGCUGCUCGAAGACUAUCAUGCACGUCUGUCGGAGCCACAAGAUCGUGCCCUGCGUAUAGCAAUCGAAAGAGUCAUCCGCAUCUUCAAGUCCCGCCUCUUUCAGGCUCUGCUUGAUAUACAAGAAUUCUAUGAAUUGACAUUAUUGGAUGACUCGAAAAGCAUACAACAAAAGACCGCCGAAACUUUGCAAAUUGCAACCAAAUGGGAGAAGGAUGGACAGGCCACUAAGAUAGCCGAUUUUAUAAAAACUUCCAAUCUUAAUCGCAAUUGCGCCUAUGAGUUUAACAACGAUGCCACAAAUCCCAAUCCAAGUUCAAAUCUUAAUCAAAACGUCAACGCGGCCGCGCAUGCCGAAGCCUUAAGCAGAACAUUUAAAAAUGAAUUGGAAGAGAUUUUGAAUCAACGCAUGCGCAUUGAGACCGACUGUGAGAAUGCCAAAGAUGCCGCAGCCGAUGAUGCGGCAAUCCAACAAUUGCGCAACGCGCGUCCACCGCCACAGCAUCAGCAACAGCAGCAACAAGUGGUUCAACAGUUGCAGCAACAGCAACAACAACAGCAGCAGCAACAACAUCUUACGCAAUCACAGUCCGCGACAACCAGAAGCGGGACUCAGAUACUUCACAAGGCAUCCUCGACGAAGGUGAAUGGCGAUGAUAGCUGGUAUUAUGAGGACAUUCAGCUGGAGCGUGGCAACUCUGGCCUGGGCUUCUCGAUCGCCGGCGGCACCGACAAUCCGCACAUUGGCACCGACACAUCCAUCUACAUUACGAAACUGAUACCGGGCGGAGCCGCUGCUGCCGAUGGUCGAUUGAGCAUCAACGAUAUCAUUGUCUCGGUGAACGAUGUGUCCGUUGUGGAUGUGCCGCAUGCAUCCGCUGUGGAUGCCCUGAAGAAGGCCGGCAACAUUGUCAAGUUGCAUGUGAAGCGAAAACGUGCCGCAAGCGCCACACCAAAUGCUGCUGGCAACGAUGUACACGACAGCGUCACAACGCCAGCAUCAGCAACAGCUUCAGCAGCAGGGGCAGCAACAACAGCCGCGGCAGCAGCAGCUACGUCGGGGCCAAAGGUGAUUGAAAUUGAUUUGGUGAAGGGCGGCAAAGGUCUCGGCUUCUCGAUUGCCGGUGGCAUUGGCAAUCAGCAUAUACCUGGUGACAAUGGCAUCUACGUGACCAAAUUGAUGGACGGCGGCGCUGCUCAAGUGGACGGACGUCUCUCCAUCGGUGACAAGUUGAUUGCGGUGCGCACUAAUGGGAGUGAAAAGAAUCUGGAGAAUGUCACGCAUGAACUAGCUGUGGGCACGCUCAAGUCCAUCACCGACAAGGUGACACUGAUUGUGGGCAAGACGCAGCAUUUAACCAGCAGUGCAUCACAAUCGGGUGGCGGCGGCAGCGGAGGUGUUGGAAUCGCAGCCAGCUUAAGCGGCAGCAGCCAAUUGGGACAGGCGCAUUCGCAGUCGCAAUCACAAUUGUCGACAACGGCACGACAGCAGCAACAGCAGCAGCAGGAAUCCACAGGUGCGCCAUCAACAACAACAGCAACAACAGCUAACAAUGUAGUAGGAACAGCAGUCUCAGCCUCAGCAUCAGCAUCAGUCACUGACUCAGUCACAGCUAACAUAACAGCUAGCAAUUCCAAUUCCAAUACCAAUAGCAAUAUCAAUAUCAAUACCACAACCAAUUCCACUUCCAUUUCCAACAACACCUUCACCACCAACAUAACAACAGCCUCAAACAACAGCAAGAACAAGAACAAGAACAUGAAUCUCAACAACAACAACAUUAACAACAACAAUAAGAGCAACAGCAACAGCAGCAGCAGUAACAACAACAACAGCAGUAACAGCAGCAGCAACAACAUCAGCAGCAGCAAUAAUCACAACAGCAAUUUAGCUGCAACUGCAACUGCAACACAACAACAAGCAACACAGCAACAAGCAGCAUCCGCUUCAGCCCCAGCCUCAGCCUCAGCUUCUGUUGUCUCCGCUCAUAAUAAUGCUAAGCUUGCAAUGCCAAGCGUCGAGUUCAACCGUUCCCAAUCACCCUUGCCAAGGCAGCCCGGCUCAAGAUAUGCAUCGACGAAUGUCCUGGCGGCCGUGCCACCGGGCACACCUCGUGCAGUGAGCACAGAGGACAUCACUAGGGAACCACGCACGAUCACCAUACAGAAAGGACCUCAGGGUCUGGGCUUCAAUAUCGUUGGCGGCGAGGAUGGUCAGGGCAUCUAUGUAUCGUUCAUUUUGACCGGCGGUCCCGCUGAUCUUGGCUCUGAACUGAAGCGCGGCGAUCAGCUGCUGAGCGUCAACAAUGUCAACUUGACGCAUGCCACGCACGAGGAAGCAGCCCAGGCAUUGAAAACAUCUGGCGGCGUGGUCACAUUGGUUGCACAGUAUCGACCCGAGGACUACAAUCGCUUCGAGGCGCGCAUUCAGGAGCUGAAGCAACAGGCAGCGCUUAGCGCUGGCGGCUCUGGCACGCUACUGCGCACCACACAGAAGCGAUCGCUGUAUGUGCGCGCUCUGUUCGAUUACGAUCCGAAUCGCGACGAUGGGCUGCCGUCGCGUGGCCUGCCCUUCAAGCAUGGCGACAUUCUGCAUGUGACCAACGCGUCCGAUGACGAGUGGUGGCAGGCACGACGUGUCCUCGGCGAUAAUGAGGACGAACAAAUUGGUAUUGUGCCAUCGAAGCGGCGCUGGGAGCGCAAAAUGCGUGCACGCGAUCGCAGCGUCAAGUUCCAGGGACAUGCGGCGGCUAACAAUAAUCUAGAUAAGCAAUCAACUUUGGAUCGCAAGAAGAAGAAUUUUACAUUCUCACGCAAGUUUCCAUUCAUGAAGAGUCGCGAUGAGAAGAACGAAGAUGGCAGUGACCAAGAGCCGAAUGGAUUUGUAAACAGCAACAGUGAAAUCGAUGUUAACAAUGUUAACAACAAUCAAGCGAAUGAACCGCAGCCUUUUAUGCUUUGCUACACACAAGACGAUGCCAACGCUGAAGGAGGCGAGAUAAUCUACAGAGUGGAAUUACCCGAUAUGGAGCAGAUAACAUUAAUCUACUUGGAGAAUAAUGAUGCUGACUAUCCUUCUGAGGAGAACGUGCUGUCCUAUGAGGCCGUGCAGCGUUUGUCCAUCAACUACACACGUCCCGUCAUCAUAUUGGGACCCCUGAAGGAUCGCAUUAACGAUGAUUUAAUAUCUGAAUACCCGGACAAGUUUGGCUCCUGUGUGCCACAUACUACGAGACCGAAACGCGAAUAUGAGGUCGAUGGACGGGACUAUCAUUUUGUGUCGUCGCGCGAACAGAUGGAGCGUGAUAUACAGAAUCAUUUGUUCAUCGAGGCUGGCCAAUACAAUGACAAUUUGUAUGGCACAUCGGUGGCCAGUGUGCGCGAAGUGGCCGAGCGUGGCAAGCACUGCAUACUGGAUGUAUCGGGCAAUGCAAUUAAGCGUCUCCAAGUGGCGCAACUUUAUCCCGUUGCCGUCUUCAUCAAGCCCAAGUCCGUGGACUCUGUCAUGGAAAUGAAUCGUCGCAUGACCGAGGAGCAGGCAAAGAAGACAUACGAGCGUGCUAUUAAAAUGGAGCAAGAAUUUGGCGAAUACUUCACGGGCGUUGUACAAGGCGAUACGAUUGAGGAAAUCUAUAGCAAAGUGAAGUCAAUGAUUUGGUCGCAGUCGGGACCAACCAUUUGGGUACCAUCGAAGGAAUCUCUAUGACCAACAGCCACAACAACAUGGACACUGCCGCCUCGAGUACGUUGUCGACCUGUCUCGAGAACAACCAACACACAAGCAACAACAUCAUCAACAAAUCAGUCGCACUGAUGCACCACAGCAACAACAGCAACAGCAACAACAACCACGACGAUGACGACAACAAUAACAACCGCAACAACAACCAAUUUAAAGAAACCAAAAGCAACAAGAACAAAUCAGAACAAGAGCAGCCAACUAGAUGUUGUUAAUGAUUAGAUGGUUAUAUAUUAUAUAUAUAAAUACUAUAUAUACAUAUAUAUAGUUAAGAAUCCAGAUUUAGAAUUUCCUCUCCCCCCCCCCCCAAAAAAAAAAAACUUGAAGAAGGAUUCUAGAUUCUUACAAUUUGUCUCUGGUUUGUCGCUUGUUGUGUGGACAAAGCUGUUUUUGAACUGCAGCGGCGGCUGUUUAGUUUUAGUUAGAACAAAAUUGAUAUACAAACAAAAACAAAAACAAAAAAAAAAGAAGAAAACACAAAAAAAAACACUGAUUGCAUAUUAAUACAUAAGAUCUAAGGCAGAAAAUCGAAUGCAGAAUGCGAGUCAAGGAAGAGGAGAAGUCGAAGGAAGAGGAGGAGGAGGAGGAGAACGUUAGUGUUGUUUGUUUAUGUUGAUGUUAAUACGAGAGUUAUAGCGAGAAGUUAGAGUUAUGUUGACGCUAAUAAUGAUAAUGAUCGCAUAUUAUUAUUAUUAUUAUGUUAGGAUACAUGUAUAUGUAAAAGUCUUUAAGUGCGACUAGCGUCAAAUAUACAUAUACUACGUUAAUGAUAGCAAUUGAAAGUUGACACACGAUGACGAAGAUGAAGACGAAGAUGAAGACGAAGUUGAAAAUGAAGACGACGACGACGACGAUAAGUUGGUGCAUUUGUUGUUAGAUGUAUUGUAUUUUUUUCCCCCACGCGCGCGCCUUUGCCUAAUGCAACACACACACACACAAAACGACAUGAAUAUGUACACACACACAGACACAACUCCCAUGUAGCCUAUAACUAACAGUAAAAGCGUCAGCAACGAGCAAAAGAAAUAAGAAACAGAGAGAUGGGGAAAAACAAUAAGAAGAAGAAGAAGAAAAACUUUCUUUCAAUGCAAAAAGUCAUUUUACUACUUAACAAGAUUGUGGAAGAAGAAGCGUCGUGAAGAAAAAACAAAACAAAACAUAACAAAUAAAAAGAAAAUACAUACACACACACACACAUACAUAAGCAUAUUACGAUCAAUACAACAUAUACAUAUAUAGUAUAUAUACACACACACCGAUACGGUUUAAUUUUACAAAGAGAAUAUGCAACAACAAAAAGAAAAAAAAACAAAACUCAAAUGCCCCCAACAGAAGGUAUUUACAUUUUUUUUUAUAUAAUAUAUAUACAUAUAUAUAUCGACAGCAAACAAUUAGCUAAUGUUCAACAAAAAAGAAAAAACCAACAAAAAUAAAAAAAAGCAAAUACAAAACGAAAACGAAAAGAAAUUUAUGAAUUGUAGACAACGCACAUAACUGCUAACUAUACUUUAUUAUAAUUAUUAUUUUUUUUUAUUCCUCCAACUCUUUUUGUUCUAAAGAAAAUUUAGUAAAAUUCAAAGUUUAUUAAUAUUAUUCUACUUUAUAUACAUACAUAUAAAUAUACUAUAUAUUUUUUUUUUUUUGUUUUUUUUCGUUUCGUGUGCCCAUUAAUUAUAUAUUAUUUUGUCUCAGUCCUUUAAUUUGUAAUAUGAAUAUAUACUACUUAUAAAUACACACAUACUAUUUUGUAAAUUAUGAACUCUCUUUGAACCCCCGCCCCGCUCCGCCCCGCCCCACGCUUAUAAAACAGUAUAAAUUGUACGUGCAGACAAUUGAUGAGAACAAUUGAACAAUUGUUGCAUGCAAAAUUCAUUUCUUUCACAUUGUUGUAUUUAAUAAACACAAAAACCUAAGCGAAUUAUAUUAAUUUAAAUCUAAACAAAAGAAAAAGCAGUAAAUGUAAUAAAAAUAAACAAACAAAAAAAAAAAGAAAACAAAAAAAAAAAACAAAACAUAUAUUUCAUCAAAA